AGCAUGCCCCAUCCCAGCUCCUGCCCCCCGGGGGUCCUCGCCCUCCUGGCCCCUUGGCUGGCUCUGAUGGCGCACCUCUCCCUUUCCUCCCAAGCCGGGGACAGGAGAGCGGUCCCCGCAGAGAAACCUCCAGGAGUGAAGGGACGGACUCUCAUUCUUCUGGAUGUGAACACCAAGAGCCCUGUCAGGAUAACCAGUGAGAACUUCCUCUCCUUGCAGCUGGACCCGUCCAUCAUCCAUGAUGGCUGGCUCGAUUUCUUAAGCUCCAGGCGCCUGGUGACCCUGGCCCGGGGCCUGGCUCCCGCCUUUCUGCGCUUCGCGGGGAAGAGAACCGAUUUCCUGCAGUUCCAGAACCUGAAGAACCCGGCCAAGAGCCGCGGGGGGCCCGGCCCGGACUAUUACCUCAAGAACUACGAGGACGACAUUGUCCGCAGCGACAUUGCCCUGGAUAAGCAGAAAGGCUGUAAGAUUGCCCAGCACCCAGACAUUAUGUUGGAACUGCAGCGAGAAAAGGCAGCGCAGAUGCAUUUGGUUUUGUUAAAGGAGCAGUUCUCAAACACAUACAGCAACCUCACGUUAACAGCCAGGUCUCUAGACAAACUCUAUAACUUCGCCGACUGCUCUGGCCUCCACCUGGUCUUUGCGCUGAAUGCCCUGCGCCGAAAUCCAAAUAACUCCUGGAACAGCUCCAAUGCACUCAGCCUGCUGAAGUACAGUGCCAGCAAGAAAUACAACAUCUCCUGGGAGCUGGGCAACGAGCCCAACAACUAUCGGACGUUGACUGGCCGUACCGUGAAUGGCAGUCAGCUGGGGAAGGACUAUCUCCAUCUGAAGAGUCUGCUGCAGCUUAUCCGCCCCUACGCCAGAGCCAGCCUCUAUGGGCCCAACAUUGGGCGGCCCAGAAAGAACGUCAUCGCUCUCCUGGAGGGGUUCAUGAAGGUGGCUGGCCGCACAGUGGAUGCUGUUACCUGGCAACAUUACUACAUUGAUGGCCGAGUGGCCAAAGUGACGGACUUCCUGAAAACACGCCUGUUAGACACGCUCUCUGACCAGAUCAGGAAAAUCCAGAAAGUGGUAAAUACCUAUGCACCUGGGAAGAAGAUCUGGCUUGAAGGUAUUGGAGCCACCUCAGCUGGAGGCCCGAACAAUCUCUCGGAUUCAUACGCUGCUGGAUUCCUGUGGCUGAACACCUUGGGCAUGUUGGCCAACCAGGGCAUUGAGGUGGUGAUGCGACACUCGUUCUUUGACCAUGGACAUAAUCACCUUGUGGACCAGAACUUUAACCCUUUGCCGGAUUACUGGCUCUCGCUCCUGUACAAGCGCCUAGUUGGGCCCAAGGUGCUGGCCGUCCACGUGGCAGGGCUCCAGAGGGAGCCGCGCCCCGGCAGGGUUAUUCGGGACAAGCUCCGUAUCUACGCUCACUGCACCAGCUCCCACAACCACAAUUAUGUCCGAGGAUCCAUCACCCUCUACAUCAUCAACCUGCAUCGCUCCCGGAAGAAAAUCAAGCUGGUGGGGACGCUGCGAGAUAAGAUUGUUCACCAGUACCUGCUGCAGCCGCAUGGCAAGGACGGGCUUCACGCCCGGUCCGUGCAGCUCAACGGGCAGCCGCUGGCCAUGGCGGAUGAUGGGAUGCUUCCUGAGCUGAAACCUCGCCCCCUUCGUGCUGGCCGCACCCUGGUCGUCCCACCACUGACCAUGAGCUUCUAUGUGGUGAAGAACGUUCACGCCCUGGCCUGCCGGUACCGAUAG